AUGAAAAAAAAAGUAUGUGGAACUUCAGUAGAUGCACCUGAAUUUCACGAAAGUAUUUGCGCCGGAAAUGCCUUCUGUAAUAACAUUUCUACUCCGACACCCUCAACUCGACAACCCUUGAACUGGGAACUUGAUCUGAGUACCUUAAUGAGCCAAUCCUAUGAUCUUCUCGAUGUACCUGAACCAUUUUAUGAUCCUGUGAUCACAUCAACUGCACCAAUUGUCGAACAAAUGAGUAAAACUAAUGAUAAUGAUAAUGAUAAUGAUAUCUAUAACUAUAUUAUGGUUAUUCUUGUCGUACUGAAAGUUUUGCUAACAUAA